AUGACUGACGUAGCUAAACCUCCUCAAAAACGCAACUUUAGGAGAACUCAAGGCGCACAGAACAGAUCCGAAAGUGGGCCAAAAAAUAACAGCGGGCAGCGCUGGAAACUCGGGAGUUCUGAGUCACAAUCUGGCCUAGGGGAUGCUUCUGAAGCCAACGAUGAUCAAGAUUGUAUCGUCUGUGCUGAACAUAUCGUUUAUGCAGCAGUUUCGCCAUGUAACCACGUUGUAUGCCAUAAAUGUGCCUUUAGACAGCGUGCUUUAUACGCAAAAAAGUCAUGUUUAGUGUGCAGAACCGAAGUGGAUAAUGUGAUUUUUUGCAAAGACAAAGAUGCCGCUUACGAAACGUUUUCGGACAACGACAUCACUGAGUUCAAUGAAAAAUAUGGUGCAUCAUUUGUCUCCAAAGAAAUUGCCCUUGCGACUCUCGGACUACUUCACUACAACUGUCCUUUCGGUGACACAAGCGAUCUCGAUUUUGGUAGCUUCAAGAAAUACAAUGCUCAUUUGAAAAACGAUCAUAACAAAACUCUCUGCAUGAUUUGCGCUUCGCACAAGAAAGCUUUCCCGCGUGAGCUCAAAAUUUAUACUCCAAAUCAAUUAAGGGUCCAUCAAUCUAAGGGGGACGUUGAGGGCUUCACUGGUCAUCCCAUGUGCGAUUUCUGCUCGGGGCAAAGGUUCUACUCAGAAGACGAAUUGAACAUUCACUUGCGAGAUAAGCACGAAAGGUGUCAUAUUUGCGACCGAAUUGAUUCCACAAAACCUCAAUACUUGAAGGAUUACGACCAAUUGUUUGAGCAUUUCAAGGCCACACAUUACGUUUGUACAGUUCAAUCAUGUCUUGACAACAAAUUCGUGGUUUUUCAAGAUGAGAUAGACUUGCAAGCUCAUAUUCUCAAAGAGCAUGGCAAUAUUCUUCGAAACGGAAACAACAGUAACCCUUCGGGCGGAGCUAGAAAAUAUCAAUCUCGCUUGUCAACAUUCAGUCAACCAAACUCGAGAAACUCAAGUUCACAACGGUUAGAUAAGCAUAGCGAGCCUGGCAAUACCGAGGAUUCACUAGAAAUGAAAACAAAAAGGAUGCAAGAAAGAGCAAGACAUUACCUCAAUUACUCACACACCGAUUACGAACAAUUUCUAGCAAUAAACGAAGGCUUCAAAAACAGAAUGAUAACAGCUGAGGAUUUAUACGGAGCGUACCAAAGUUUGUUUAAAUCCCCCGAGGCAAAUACAGCCUUAUUAUUGUAUGAUUUUUCAGAGUUGUUUUUCAAAAAUUCCCAAUAUUACAAAGACCUUCGCUCCAUUUACGAUAGCGAGCAAAAAAAGCAAGACCGUGAAACCAACUUCCCAUCACUAAGUGCAUCAAGCCCGUCACUUUUGGCUGGUAAUGUAGUUAGUGGGUCGUGGGGCAGAACUGCUGGGAGUGCGAAACCAGCUGCUCGUCAGUACAACUUCCCUGCCCUCAAGAAACCUGUUCACCCGCAGCCCAUUUUGAAGCCCAAGCCUGUGUCUUACGGCAAAGUAAACAAUGCUUCAUCUGUGAAAAACCCAAUGGCAGCAGUUCGGAAGUCACCAUCGGCAGAACCGGGUGACUAUAAACCCACAUAUCUAGACAGCAAGAGUUCUGGGUCUAGUUCCAGUCCUUCACUAGAUAAAAAAAUGUUCCCCCCUCUGCCUCAAUCGCAGGGUAAGAAAUUCAGAGCUCCAUUGGUUAACGGAUCCAAAAUCGUCGAUCCUUCUCAGUGGGGUAAAAUUUCUCAGAGCCCUCAAGGUAUUGUUGACGCGCCUAGUGGCAAUUCUUUCAUCAACGAAACGGCCACAGGCAGUAGAAAAAAGAAUAAACAAAAACAACUACUAUUCCAUAUUGGCAUUUGA